UAUAAUCUGUCAAAAGUCAAAACGCUUUUUGUUGUUGUUGGUGAUGUAUGGUUAUACAUGGCCGGAAUCUGAAAUAACCGGAAUAACCUUCAUGGUGUCGCACUUGUAAAACAGAUCUGGAAUUUCACGUAUAUAAAAAAAAUCAAUCAACAUGCACGACGCCUACGAUGCAUCGGCAAUUCUCAAUUUGACUGUUCAAAUUGAAUCAAUGGCCGCUUACGACGACAAUUUAUUUAUUGGAACACGAGAAGGUCGGCUGUUGAUGUACAAUGUUCUUCCUAAAGCGAAUGAUCAUCACGAACUCGAAUUAUUACGAUACAGCAAAAGUUUUAGCAAAAAAAGGAUUGUUCAAAUUGAUGUUGUUCCAGAUUACAAUCUGCUUAUUCUUUUGACUGAUGACAUAAUAUGUGUCCACGAUUUAAAUUCUGUCAAUAUUCAACAAAUCUGUCAAUUGCCAAAAACUCGUGGUGCAUCUCUUUUUGCUCUAAACAUCCAACAGUCUGAGAAUACGACAGGAGAAAAAAAUACUGCAGUGUGUCUGUGUGUUGUGGUCAAAAGAAAAUUACAAUUGUAUUAUUGGAAAAAAAAUCAUUUUGAGGACUUGGGUGAUGAGUCAAGAAAUGAGCUUUCCUUGGCAGAGGUGCCAAGAGAAUUGGCUUGGUGUGGAGAGACUUUGGUCGUUGGUUUUCAUGGAUUAUCCUAUACUUUGAUCAAUCUGAAUGGGAAAACAAAGGAAUUAUUUCCAACGGGGAAGCCACCUAAACCAAGUAUAACAAAAUUAUCCGAAAACUCGUUUGCUCUUGGUAAAGACUCUCAGUCUAUUAUAAUGUAUACUUCUGGGGAACUGAUUCAGCAUAAUCCAGUAAAAUGGACAGAUUCUCCAAGCGCAACUUGCUGGGAUGAUCCUUAUCUGUUGGGCAUUGUCCAUGAUACCCUUGAGGUAUACACUCUUGAGGGCUGUUUGCAUAUUCAAACCCUCGAAAAAUUAAACAAGGCACGUUUGAUCUGCAGGAGCAAACAGGGCAAAGUUUACAUUGCUUCGAUGAGCCAAGUUUGGUGCAUCACCGCCAUUGACGUAGGCCAACAGAUAAGAACGCUAUUAGAACAGAACCAAUUUCAAUUGGCCCUAAAGUUGACGAGUUUGUCGGACGUUAGCGAGGAAGAAAGGGCAAAGAAAACGUGCAAAAUUCAGACGCUCUACGCGUAUUAUCUUUUCGCAAAUAAAAAGUUCCAAGAAGCGAUGAAGCAAUUUCAAACUUUGGGAACUGAUCCUUACGAGGUUAUAAGAUUGUUUCCGGAUUUGGUAUCCCAGCCGACAAACGCGAACGAGCUGAACGAGCCCGUAUCUGCGACACCGCGGCUUCAGGAUCGAGAUUUAGAGAAUGGUCUUCUCGCACUAAUUGCUUAUUUGACAGAAGUGCGUCACAACUUAAUGUGCAGUGGAGAAUCGAAAGAAGGUAAAAACGAAAAAGGAAAGGAGAAAGAGAAGACGAAAAAUAUAACGGCGGUUGCGACUGAGCAACUAUUGAAAAUAAUUGAUACGACUCUCCUCAAGUGUUAUCUGCAGACCAACGACGCUCUCGUUGCUCCGUUGUUACGUUUGAAUCAUUGUCACCUUGCCGAAGCCGAAAAAACUUUACUCAUGUAUCAAAAAUAUCCAGAACUUAUAAUUCUCUAUCAGACUAAAGGCCAACACAAAAAAGCUCUUGAACUGUUGGAAAAACAGUCGAAAAAGAGCGACUCUAGUCUCAAGGGUACCGAGCGUACGAUUCAGUAUCUUCAACACUUGGGACACGAUAAUAUGGAUUUGAUUCUUAAAUUUUCUGGCUGGGUACUUGAACAGGAUCCUGAACAGGGACUUAGAAUUUUUAUGGAAGAUUUGCAGGAAGUGGAGCAGCUGCCAAGACCGAAAGUCCUGGAUUAUUUACUUCGAUGUCAUAAAAACUUAGUUAUUACGUAUUUGGAAUACGUAGUCCGAGUAUGGGAAGACACGAAUCCCCUAUUUCACAACGUUCUUGUUCAUCAGUACAAGGAAAAAUGUUUGGCAUCGAUGAGCCCGAACGCAACACCGGCGGAGAAACAAAACGGCGAGCACGUGCGACAAAAGUUGCAACAAUUUUUGGAAAAGUCCAUUCAUUAUACACCGGAAACGGUGCUCUCGCAAUUUCCAACGGAUUGCCUAUUCGAAGAGAGAGCCAUCAUUUUGGGACGUCUCGGUCGUCAUCAACAGGCGAUAUCGAUUUACGUCAAUUUAUUGAACGAUGUGCCACGCGCCAUUCAAUAUUGUAACAACAUUUAUUCGAGAUACGAAAAGAACACAGACUUUACUAAAAAUCAAGAUGGUUCUGAUGAAGUUUAUGUCACUCUUAUUCAACAAUUACUCAAGCCUGAUAUCGGAGCGAUGGCAGCUUCGCGUCCCGAGCUGACCAACACGAUACAGUCGGAUUUGGAAACUGCCCUGGAGCUUUUGGAAGAGUACGCACUUAAAAUAAACGCAACGAAAGUUUUGGAAGUCUUACCUGACAGUGUGCCGAUCGGCCGGAUAAGGCACUUCCUCGAAGCAAGUUUGCAAAAACAAUUGAACGAAAGGAGACGGACGCAAGUGUUGAAAGGUUUAUUACACGCGGAACAUCUUCAAGUACAGGAGCAAAGGAUGCACUACGAGUCCCAAAGUGUUCUCAUGACCGAGUACAACAUUUGUCCAGUGUGUAAAAAGCGCUUUGGAAAUCAAAGCGCGUUUGCCCGAUAUCCGAGCGGUGACAUCGUUCACUAUUCAUGCCGGGAUCGGAAAUUGUAAACAGCCAAAAUAUCUCAAGAUGCAUAUGAACUUUAUUUUUCCUUAUUAUGUGUACACAUAUUUAUAGACUCUAUAAAUAAACAUUGUCGUAUAUAAAUAUGAAAAAUAAAAUGUACUAUUAUUUAAAUUUA